UGAUUUUAUCUAAUUAGCAUCGAUCGUUUGUGAUAUUAGUAAUAAACAUCAUAUAAAUUUUGUUGCAUGCGAAGUAAUUGCAUGUACUUUUAAUAUAAUUUAAUAUUUAAUGUUGUUUUUCAAACACGCUAUUAUAAAAUAGACCGUAAAUCACGAAGUUGUUGCAUUUGUGCGUCACAUUAUUAGAAAUGCAACAACUAUUUUUUAAAAAAAUGAAAAUAUCAAGAAAUAAAAAUAACGAAAUUAAAAAAAAGUGAUAUUUGAUAGUUACAUACGAAUGAGAAGAAGACAAAGUGCAUUGUCCAUAAAUUUCCUCUAUAUUUAAAUAUAAGUGAGAAUAUAUAUUUUUAGUAAUACAUACAUAAUUUUUUUCGGAUAUAAAAAAUGGUAGAUAAAUCAUAUUGGUCUCGAAACAUGCAUCGGUUGACUUUGCUAUUCUUUUUUUUCUUCAAAUUUGUCGGUCUUGCCACGUUUUCUUUAAAUAAUCAGGCAAAUUUAAACAAGAAAAACUCGGAAAAUACUAUGUUUUUUAUCAGUUCUAAACUGGGAAUACUUUACAAUUUGUUUGGUAGCUGUCUAAUAAUCGCAUUGAGUUUCUACUCGAUACCAAUCACAUUGUAUUCAGAUUAUAUUCACAAAACAAUUAUAACAAAUAUUAUAGAAAUUUUCCUAAUAAUAUUAGGCUGUUUUGUUAUGAUUUCAACUUUAUUAUUUUAUUGCAUAUUUGAAUCGGUUAUCAUAAAAAUUGGAAAUUAUUUAAUUAAUACUGAGAAUGUGUUGCGUCAUUUGCAACAACCACUAAAUCGAAAACACAUUUUUAAUGUUUUAUUUCUCAUCUGUUUAUUUAUGUUAAUCUUAUUUAUCAUUCUCUUGAUUACUGAAAUCAAAAAUUUCAAUCCUGGACCAAUAGUAUUAAUGGCAAAUAUUGUACCUUUGAUCUUUGUAAGUUUGCUUUUCAUUCAAUAUUUUUUCGUGCUUAAUUUAAUAUAUGCAAUUUUUGUAAAAUUAAAUUGCAUUAUACAAAAUUUUUGUCGAAGCAGAUACGAUGAUAUAAAUUUAAAAGUUGUGAAUCAGACUCGAUGUGUGUUUAUGAGUUAUUCAAGAAUUCAUCUUUUUAUUCAAAUUCGAGAUAUUUACAAUCAUCUUUGCGAUAUUUCCAGAGAAGUUUCACACUUUUAUUCUUUUUCUAUUCUCACAGCACUCUCUUUUAUUUUUUUGGUAAUAUUAUACAACUCUUAUUAUCUUUUUUUACUUUUUGUUAAUGAGUUGAAUUUUUUACUUAUUACAAAUACCAUAAUUUGGAUAAUGUUACCGUUGUCUCUUCUUGCUUUGCUAACUUCAAAGGUAACCAAAGUGAUAAACGAGAUCGAAAAAACUGGAUAUAUUAUACAUAUUUUGUUAAAUUGUACGAUCGAUCGAGAAACGAAAAUAGAGCUCGAACAAUUUUCACUUCAACUGUUACAUCAAAAAGUGAAGUUUACAGCGAAUGGAUACUUCACAUUAGAUAAUACUCUUUUUCAUUCGAUGAUUAAUACAGUAACCACGUAUAUGGUGAUUUUGGUUCAAUUUCAAAUGGGAACUUCGAAUCAAAAUGCUAAUUUCUGCAAUUGCACGCAAUGCAGAUUAUCGUAAAAAAUACAAUUAUUACUUACAAA